GUUUUCUCCGGCUUUUUGGCCGUUCCAACCUCUCGUCAUGCUCAUCUCCGGCGGCGGCGGCGCACAACUGCCGGCCAUCCCUCUUCGCGCGUUCCAUGGAUGGCGGAGAGCCGGAGAUUGACUGAUGCUUCCUUCCAGUGCUACCUCCGCCUACCUCCACUCUCCUGGUUAGCCCCUGCUGCCAGCCUACGCCACCACGCCUCGUGGGCGGAAAUGGCUGGAAUUGGGGCUGCUUCAAGCCGAGAUUCUCAGGCCAAAGCGAUAGGAACGGUUCCUCUCCUCGUCGCGCAUAUGCACCCGUACUAGCCGCAAGUCCACUCCGUCGCACUCACCGUACUCACUGCUCCGACGGCAGAACUGCAGGAGUUCAAUUUCUUGAUGAACGACCUACGGUGCAGGCAGAGGGAUCCUGAAUGAAGAUGUCAUCUGUCGCUUUUGCAACAAAAUCCAUUGGAUCAUUGGAUGACACUACAAAAAGUCAAAAAAAAAACUAGAUAAGGUAUCACUGCCUUGUCCCUAGUAGUGCUGAUUGAUCUCUAAAAAAGUCCUGUCAUGGGCUGUAAGCAACACAGCAAUUAUGCUACAAUUGGUGAGGCAUGUGGCAGUAUGUGAUACCCGGUUGAGCAUGGGUUGUUAUGGCCCAAUGUGAAUCCGAGAGUUUCCAUGCAUUGAUUCAAAUUCAACGACCCUUCAAAAAAAAAAUUGCAAUGAUUCAAGGAACUAUUUUUUUUAUCCCCAGGAUCGAGACUUGAAAGGUUAAAAUACUACCACUUGCUAUACUGAACAAUGGGUACGCAUCUUUGUUAUCACCAAUUUUUCUUGCUCAGCGUCAUGUGGAUGUGAUUGUGGUCCCAUCUGCUGGAAUGAAGAUAUGAAGCAAGCAUCUAUAAAAUGCUUUCAUGUGAUGGCCUAGGUUGGACAGAGUAUUUUCUGUUGGUUCAUCUAACCUCAAACCAGUCCUCUCCAGAGUGCAGCCUCUUCUUCCUUUCCUAGCCUGCUCAUUCCUCUUUGUUCCUUCUGUUAGUUCAAACUUCCUGGCCUUCUGCCUAUAUAUAUGCUUCCCUAGAUUUUCUAUGUUUGAUGCACAGAUCCUCAUCUUAGAGUGUCAUCCUGGUAAGUAGUCUUUGUUUUCCAAGUGCCGGUUUUCUGCACAUGUCUUUGUGUGAUCCUUUUUACUCAAUGCUUGUUUUUUAUCCGUAGGGCCAUCAAAGUGACAUGAAAUAUGGUAUACGAGAAAGAAGACCCUUCGUUUGCUGCAAAUCAGGGAAAAUAUUGCGGGAUUUUCAUAUGCUGGCUUCUGGGAAAUGGAUGCCUCUUUGGGUUCAACAGCAUGCUUACUAUUGAAGAUUACUACAUAUACCUUUUCCCGAAGUACCACCCCACUAGAGUUGUUACACUGACAUAUCAACCAUUCGUCCUCGCCACAACGACAAUAUUCACAUAUCAUGAAGCAAAGGUCAACACUAGGUUGCGCAAUUUGGCGGGGUACACUCUGUUCUUGUUGAGCUCAUUUGCAGCAAUCAUUCUGGAUGUUGCAACUUCAGGAAGAGGUGGAAUGGCACCCUUUAUUGGCAUAUGUAUCAUUGCCGCUGCUUUUGGGGUUGCUGAUGGUCAUGUUCAAGGUGGGAUGACGGGUGAUCUCUCUCUGAUGUGCCCAGAGUUCAUCCAGUCCUUCUUUGCUGGAUUAGCUGCAUCAGGAGCGAUAACCUCUGCGUUGAGGUUGGUAACGAAAGCAGCUUUCGAGAAUUCCCGAGAUGGACUUCGCAAAGGAGCUAUGCUCUUCACCUCAAUAUCGUGCUUCUUUGAGCUGCUGUGUGUUCUGCUAUAUGCUUUCAUCUUCCCUAAGUUGCCAAUUGUGAAGUACUAUCGUUCAAAAGCAGCUUCAGAGGGAUCUCUGACAGUCACUGCUGAUCUUGCUGCUAAAUCGCCCAAAUCCAACGGUACUGUUCAGUCUGAAGAGGACCCUGCAUGUGUUGAGCGUUUGAGCACCAAGCAACUGCUACUGCAGAACAUAGACUAUGCAUUGGACAUGUUCCUGAUCUAUAUAUUGACUUUGUCGAUCUUCCCAGGGUUUUUAGCUGAAGAUACUGGUUCACACAGCUUGGGCUCUUGGUAUGCGCUUGUUUUGAUCGCGAGCUAUAAUGUGUGGGAUCUGAUUGGAAGAUACGUACCUCUGAUCGAGCAAAUCAAACUGAGGUCUCGGAAAGGCCUCCUAGUCGCAGUUGUUUCACGGUUAUUGCUCAUCCCUGCAUUCUACUACACCGCAAAGUAUGGCGAUCAGGGCUGGAUGAUCAUGCUAACGUCAUUUCUGGGUUUGAGCAACGGAUAUCUCACCGUGUGCGUCCUCACUGAGGCGCCCAAAGGGUACAAGGGACCGGAACAAAACGCUUUGGGCAACUUGCUUGUGCUCUGCCUCUUGGGAGGCAUCUUCUGCGGGGCCGUUCUUGAUUGGGUGUGGCUCAUAGGCAAAGGGUGGUGACCUGAUCAUGUAUCAUGUUUUCCUCUCGUCGUCUCCCAGCGUGUGGUUGCAAUCAAGCGCCACACAGCAUUUGGAUCAUCUUCCACCGACGAUUUCACUUCCUAUCGCACAUCGCACCACAUUUUUCACGGGUUCAGAUCUGCGCAAAAAAGGGGAAGGGAAGACCGGAAGAAGUAACGGAAGGACACGAUGAAGUGUACAAUUUCAUGCAAUACUGUACGAUGUUGGGAAGUGGCAUCACUGAUGUCCUUGUGUACCAGUUUGCACAGUUCUGUUGAGCACAGGUUUCAGAUUUUUUGAAGAAAAAAAAAGAGAGGCUUGUAACUGAA